GGCUUUUACGGGUUUUUAACUCAGCGAGCGAAACGAGAAAGCGGUUGGUGGUCGUUCGUUUCAUUUGACCUCCUAAUUGAAUUUAUUAUUUUCAAACGCGACACAGAACAAGGUGACUUUGAUUCGCCAGAGUUUGAGCUCGUGUGGGCUCCGUAGGCGGUGCACAUGACACUCACGCGCUACUUUUAGUUUGCGUUCAUUGUCGACCCACACGUGUCCCGACAUGGGCCUACGAGUUGACUGGGCCUCUAGGCCCACUUCACCCAACUAUACGUAUGAAACUGGGUCACCGUUUCACACAGAUAUGGAUCACAAUCACAACACAACUAUCCACCGAGUUGACAGGGCCUCUAGAACCGCAGUUUCGACACGUAUACGACGUCGGUGCGGUCUGCCACGUCGACGGUGGACAUUCUAAGGUUCACCGACUUUCUGUUAGGGUGGGGGCCCCUUUAGCGAGUCUUUUUGCCCUUUUUCCCAUGAAAUGACUCGUACCUGAAAAACAGUUAACCUCUGUUGUUUUUCUGUUUUGGUCGACCGAUCACGGUUUUUAUUGGGGGGUCAAUUUCCUGCCUUUGAAAUAGUUGCACGGUUUUGUCUACUCAUUAUAAACAAUAGAAUAAGGUUGGUCGGUCCAUUAUCUUUUAAUUAUUCGACAGUUACCACAGGCGAAGUUUCUAGUUUGAAUGGUAGAAUAUUUAAUUUAAGUUAACCCAUUGUUGUGAUUAUUGUUGUCUUUCCUUUUCCUCUCACUAAAAAACAAGAAAACACAGAUAAUAUGACCUUCACAAAAAGGGUUACUCACAAAGUCAUAUGAAUUGACCAGUGCUUUUUCACUUUAACAACCCUGCUUUUGCUUUUGCUUUUGCUUUUGUCGUAUAAGUAUGAUUUAUGUGAUUAAACAUUAUUAUACCGCACUUAAUUUCACUUCGUGGUACUUUCUUCGUGGUACCUUUUCCUCUAAUCCAAACUGUGCCUCUAGACGUGUCGUGUCUUGUGUACACAAACGAAGCUUCUCCAUCACCUACUUCCCCAAUCGACACGUUAUAUUUGUUCUUUUGUACUUUUUUCUAUCAUAUUUAUUUUAGUUCCUAUCAAACUAUUAAUUACACUCUUUUUUUUUUGUUGGUAUCCAUGGAUUUCCCCAAAUUUCCAACACUUUGAUCUUUCGGUUGAGAAAGUCAAGGGCUCAAGGUUUUUCAAAAAAAUUGCCAUAUGGUUUUUUUUUAAAUUUUUUAAUUUGUCAUGAAAGUUUUAAAUGACAGGUCAAUUUGUGGAUACACGUGUGCCACUGGUAUCUGUGGGCUGUUUCCAAUUGUUUUAAUUUCUGCUGCCAUGGAAAUUAAUGGAGAAGUACAGGUCCAACAACCUCUGUUGCUUGUUUUAACAUAGGAGGAGGAGUUGGUCUUGUUUGCAAAAGAAGCGAAGGCCUAAUUUAUGCAUGUUCAUUUUAAUUAUAUUCAUGCAUGCAUGUUCUUUCACGAGUAACAUUAGUACUGCUCUCUCUCUCUCUCUCUCUCUCUCUCUCUAUGAAGCUUCCACUGUUGAAUUGAAGUUUACGUUGGCUGUCUUGUUCUUUAGGGCCAUGUAUGUUGGUUGGUUCAGGUUGUGUUGUUCUUGAGAGUGAGUAAUUGUAUUAUGAUUAGAUAAUUAAAAAUUAGUGUUUCAGUUUCAUUGAUUAGUUGUUUAGUGAUCAGUUGGAAUGAGGCUAGAUGGGUAGUUAGGGUAGGCCCAGAAAAGCCAACCAUAUGUUUUAUAAAAUAAUUGUUAUAAUUAAGUUUGACAUUGUAGGCCCAGAAAAACAGGUCUGUCGUAGCUAGAGAUAGCGAUGUCUUUGGCAUCUGAAUCAGCCUGAUUGAUGACUCCCCCCCGAGACAAACCAUGGGAAGGGAAGUUUGAUUAAUUUGAAGCAGCACAAGGACAAGGUGACAAGGUGACAAGGUGACAAGGUGACAAGGUGAUGAUCAUGACAAACUUUGCAAGGCUGAACCAGGCAAUGGGACUCCAAAGAUCAUCAGCUUCUAGUAAGCAGAAGGUGCAACCCAUCGCAGAAGUAUUAAUUAAGAACGACGAGAACAGUGGUGAUCUUUCCUUAGCAUCGAUCACCUCAGACCUGCAUGAUAUUUCUAACCCUAAUAAACCUAUCCCCUCAGAUUUAGCUUAUAAUUCAUGGGUGGUCGAGCACCCUUCUGCAUUAGGCUCAUUUGAUCGGAUGAUGAAAGCAGCAAAAGGGAAGAGGAUUGUUGUCUUUCUAGACUACGAUGGGACCCUUUCACCAAUUGUUGAUGAUCCUGAUCGUGCUUUCAUGUCUGACGAGAUGCGUGCAGCGGUACGGGAAGUUGCCAAGUAUUUUCCAACAGCAGUGAUCAGUGGAAGGAGUCGAGAUAAGGUUAAAGAAUUUGUACAGUUAAGUAAUGUAUAUUACGCUGGCAGCCAUGGGAUGGACAUAAUGGUCCCUCCAAGGCCACUAAGGCCCUGUGAUGCCAACAACCACACCACUGCCAUGGAUAUAAAGGGCAGUGACGUUCUCUUUCAACCUGCUAAAAGAUUUCUUCCUGCAAUCCAAGAGAUAAGAACACAGUUGGAGGAAAUAACCAGAAAAGUAGAGGGUGCAAGGGUAGAGGACAAUAGAUUCUGUAUCUCUGUACAUUUUCGCAAGGUCCGGGAAGAGGAUUAUGGGAUAUUAGAAGAGAAGGUGAAGUCUGUUGUUGGAAAGUAUCCGGAAUUUCACCUGACGUUGGGUAAAAAGGUGUUGGAAAUACGACCAUCCAUAGAAUGGAACAAAGGUCAUGCGCUAGAAUAUUUGCUUGACACUCUAGGCUUCAGCAAUUCCAGCGAUGUCCUCCCAUUGUACAUCGGGGACGAUCGAACUGAUGAAGAUGCUUUCAAGGUGAUACGAAGUAGAGGACAAGGGUUUCCAAUAAUUGUGUCUUCAACCCCAAAGGAGGACACCAAAGCUUGUUAUUCUUUGCAUGACCCAUCGGAAGUAUUAACUUUCUUGUUAAGGCUCGCCCGGUGGAGAAAAGCCUCUUCUUCAAGCAGGUCACUCGCUCAAAUUUGGGGUGUUGGUAGUAACUUACCUAGAUCAGUUUAGCUAGCUAGCUCUAGCUAGCUUUUGUGCAUAAAUAAUAAUUAAGAAUUAUUAGGGAAAUGAAUUAAGGCCAGUAUUUGUUAUGGCCUUACGGCAGUACCCCCUCUCUCUCUCUCUCUCUCUCUCUAUAUAUAUAUAUAUAUAUAUAUAUAUAGUUAGAGGUUGGUAGGGAUGAAGAAGGAAGAAAACGAAAGCAUAGAGAGAGUUUCACUGUUAUUUUAGUCUGUCAGUGAAACUGGUGCCGCCCAUGCAGUGCAGCGCAUAUGCUUUCCAGCUCUUGUUUCUAGCUAUAUAUAGAUAUUAUACAUAAUGUAAAAGAAAGACAGUUUGUGUUUGGUG